UAAGUUUAGCCAGACGCGUCUAGGCCGCCAUAUUGGUGGUUGCCGGGUAACAAGACUGGGAGGUCUGGGCGUAGUAACUUCCCUGAGGCCUUUCUCCGUAAAAUUCGGUCUCCGCUAUGAAUAAGGACGCUCAGAUCCGAGCUGUAAUCAACCAGAAGCUUAUUGAAACAGGGGAGAGAGAGCGCCUUAAAGAGCUCUUGAGGGCAAAACUAAUGGAAUGCGGGUGGCGAGAUCAGUUAAAGGCACACUGCAAAGAUGUUAUCCAUGAUAAAGGCCUGGAACAUGUAACCGUUGAUGAUUUGGUUGCAGAAAUUACCCCCAAAGGCAGAGCUCUCGUGCCUGACAGUGUAAAGAAGGAACUAUUGCAAAAAAUCCGGACAUUCCUUGCCCAGCAUACAAGUCUCUAAUAAAGAUUGUGUUUGUAUGUACAUUUCAUGUAAACAAGGCUUUCAUUUUUGUUUUUGCGUUUAAAUAUAUAUAAUUUGUUUUGCAUUAUUUUACUGCAUAUGUUAAUAAAAGUGCCAUAUUUCUGACGUUAGCAUUUUCAUUUGCGAUGAUGACUGAUCUAAGGUAAUGUAGUGUAGGCAGCUUUUUACUGAUGCCCAUUACAAUGUAUAUUCCCAGAUAAAUCCAGUGAUCCCUAGGAUUAACAUUUUAAUAAAGAUCUACUAAAAA